AUGGGAGAUGAGUCACCCACCUUUCCUUGGCAGGAGGCGGAGAAGGCAAAGCCGGAUGCCCUGCAUGGCCUGCGGGUGCACUCCUGGGUCCUUGUGCUAUCGGGGAAGCGCGAGGUGCCUGAGAACUUCUUCAUUGACGCAUUCACAGGACAUAGCUAUAGCACCCAGGACGAGCACUUCCUGGGCAUCGAAAGCCUCUGGAACCACAAGAACUACUGGAUCAAUAUGCAGGAUUGCUGGAACUGCUGCAAGGACUUGAUCUUUGACCUGGGUGACCCUGUGAGGUGGGAGUACAUGCUCCUGGGGACUGAUAAGUCUCAGCUGUCCCUGACUGAAGAAGAUGACAGUGGGAUAAACGAUGAGGAUGAUGUGGAAAAUCUGGGCAAGGAGGAUGAGGAUAAGAGCUUCGACAUGCCCCACUCGUGGGUGGAACAGAUUGAGAUCUCCCCGGAAGCAUUUGAGACCCACUGCCCGAACGGGAAGAAGGUGAUUCAGUACAAGAGGGCAAAGCUGGAGAAGUGGGCCCCGUACCUCAACAGCAACGGCCUUGUGAGCCGCCUCACCACCUACGAGGACCUGGAGUGUACCAAUAUUUUGGAGAUAAAGGAGUGGUACCAGAACCGGGAGGACAUGCUGGAGCUGAAACACAUAAACAAGACCACAGACCUGAAGAUAGACUACUUCAAACCUGGCCACCCCCAGGCUCUGCGCGUGCACUCCUACAAGUCCAUGCAACCUGAGAUGGACCGUGUCAUUGAGUUUUAUGAAAUGGCCCGUGUGGAUGGCCUGAUAAAGCGGGAGGAGACAGCCAGGACAAUGACAGAGUACUAUCAAGGACGCCCAGACUUCCUUUCCUACCGCCAUGCCAACUUCCGACCCCGAGUCAAGAAGCUCGCUCUGAGCAGUGCAGAGUCAAACCCCCGGCCCAUUGUGAAAAUCACAGAGCAGUUCUUCCGCAACCCAGCGAAGCCCGCGGAGGAGGACGUGGCAGAGCGCGUGUUUCUGCUGGCGGAGGAGCGCAUCCAGCUGCGCUACCACUGCCACGACGACCACAUCACAGCCUCCAAGCGCGAGUUCCUGCGGCGCACCGAGGUGGACAGCAAAGGCAACAAGAUCAUCAUGACGCCCGACAUGUGCAUCAGCUUCGAGGUGGAGCCCAUGGAGCACACCAAGAAGCUGCUCUACCAGUACGAGGCCAUGAUGCACCUGAAGAGGGAGGAGAAGCUGUCCAGACAUCAGGUCUGGGAGUCAGAGCUGGAGGUGCUGGAGAUCCUGAAGCUUCGAGAGGAAGAGGAGGCGGCGCACACGCUGACCAUCUCCAUCUAUGACACCAAGCGGAAUGAGAAGAGCAAGGAAUAUCGGGAGGCCAUGGAGCACAUGAUGCAUGAAGAGCACCUACGGCAGGUGGAGACCCAGCUGGACUACCUGGCGCCAUUCCUGGCCCAGCUCCCGCCAGGAGAGAAACUAACACGCUGGCAGGCGGUGCGCCUCAAGGAUGAGUGCCUCAGCGACUUCAAGCAGCGGCUCAUCAACAAGGCCAACCUCAUCCAGGCCCGCUUUGAGAAGAUAGAUGAAUGCAUAGGGAGAUGA